AUGGGGGCUUGUAUGAGUUCGAACAAGGAGGAGGAGGAGCAAAAGAAACGAAGUCAAGCAAUCGACCGAGCACUAGACGAGGACUCCAAGAGACUGCGCCGAGAAUGCAAGAUACUAUUGCUUGGUUCCGGCGAAAGUGGGAAGUCAACUAUCGUCAAGCAGAUGAAGAUUAUUCAUCUCAAAGGUUACUCGGAGGACGAGUUGUACAAUUACAGGGCGACAGUCUUCAAGAACUUGAUUGAGUGCGCCAAGGCAGUCAUUGUCGCAAUGGACCAAUUCAAUAUCGAGCCGAGUAGCAAAGAGACAAAAGAGCAGUGUGCCUACCUGCUUGAUUACACAGUUGAAGCAGGUCCGGCGGCGUAUAUCGAACCCAAAGUUGGCGCUGCGGUUCAGGCAUUAUGGAACGACCCUUGCAUAGAGCGGCUGAUGCAGCACUCCACCGAGUUCUACUUGAUGGACUCCGCUGGGUACUUCUUCGAUGAAGUGCCGCGGCUUUGCGCUCCGGAUUACCUGCCGAACGAAAUGGAUGUUCUCCGCGCGCGGACGAAAACCACGGGUAUCUAUGAGACUCGAUUUCAGAUGGGGGCGCUCAGCAUUCACAUGUUCGAUGUUGGUGGCCAGCGAAGUGAACGAAAGAAAUGGAUCCAUUGCUUCGAGAACGUCACGUCCAUCAUAUUUUGUGUGGCGUUGAGCGAGUACGAUCAAGUACUACUCGAGGAAAGCAGCCAGAACCGGAUGAUGGAGAGUCUACUGCUCUUCGACUCUGUGGUGAACUCGAGGUGGUUCAUGAGGACAAGCAUCAUUCUGUUCUUGAACAAAGUCGACAUAUUCAAAGUCAAACUCCCGAGAUCACCUUUAGGGAACUACUUCCCCGACUACUCUGGCGGCAACGAUGUCAACAAGGCCGCGAAAUACCUGCUGUGGAGAUUCAAUCAGGUUAACAGAGCUCAUCUGAACCUUUACCCCCACUUAACCCAAGCAACAGACACGUCGAAUAUUCGUUUGGUGUUUGCGGCGGUAAAGGAGACGAUCCUCAACAAUGCGCUUAAGGAUUCUGGCAUUUUGUGA